UCUGUUCUGUUGCUAAGUUUCUCUGAACAAAAUGCCUUAUCUAAAUGUCUGGUCUUCAAGAACAAACUGCCUUAUCUCUGAACAGGAGUUGGCUUCAUCUUCUACUUCAGUUUUUACAUGGCGGAGAACUGAAAGUUGGGUUCUUGCAUACUCUCUGCCACAUAAUUCUACCUCUGAUCAUGUAUCUACAAGGAAUAAACCUAAGUUUAGAAAUCAAGAUUUUUGUUUGAGAACAGAAUUCGUUCCUUUUCGCCCCCAAAAGAAGGAUUCUUUUGCUUUGACACAAGCCUCUGAAGAGAAAGAUAUUCAUUGUGAUGUAGUAAAACAAAAUUCACAAUCUUUCACUAGUGGGGAAGGUGGGGUUGAGGGUUUCACUUGUCUUCAAUUGGAGGAAAAGGGGGACUUGACUAAUAAUGUUGAAUAUGGUGAUGUUGGAAGUGAGGAGUAUGAGGCAGGGAGAGUAAAAGGCGAGAAGGUGGACGUUCGAGCUCUGGCACAGAGCUUGCACUUUGUCAAAACUGCAGAUGAGGUAGAUGAAGUUCUUAAGGAUAAGGUUGAAUUGCCCCUUCAAGUUUACUCAUCUAUGAUUAGAGGUUUUGGUAAAGAUAAGAAGCUGAACUCUGCUAUGGCACUUGUUGAGUGGUUAAGCAGGAGGAGCAAGGACAAUAUUGGCUCUAUUAGCUUAAAUGUGUUCAUUUAUAACAGUCUUUUAGGCGCCAUAAAAGAGGCGGGGAAGUAUAAUUUUGUUGAUAAAGUCAUGGAGGAUAUGGUUUCAGAAGGAGUGCAGCCUAAUGUUGUGACGUACAAUACUUUAAUGAGAAUUUAUAUAGAACAAGGUCGGGAACUUGAAGCUCUCAAUCUUUUCAGGGAGAUGCCAAAGAAGGGACUCUCUCCUAGUCCUGCAUCCUAUUCCACUGCCUUGUUUGCUUAUCGGAGACUUGAAGAUGGAUUUGGUGCUAUAACUUUCUUUGUCGAGACACGAGAGAAAUAUCAAAAUGGUGAAAUAGGAAACAUUGAGGAAGAAAACUGGGAGGAUGAAUUUGCCAAGCUUGAGAAUUUCAUAGUUCGAAUUUGCUACCAGGUGAUGCGGCAGUGGCUGGUAAAGGGUGAAAAUGCAAACACCAAUGUUCUGAAACUACUAACGGAUAUGGAUAGGGCUAGGCUCCAACUAAGUCGUGCAGAAUAUGAACGUCUAGUGUGGGCUUGUACUCGUGAAGAACAUCAUGUUGUAGCAAAAGAACUGUAUAAUAGGAUAAGAGAGAGGGAUACAGAGAUUAGCCUAUCCGUUUGCAACCAUAUUAUUUGGUUGAUGGGUAAGGCGAAAAAAUGGUGGGCAGCUCUUGAAAUUUAUGAGGAUUUGUUGGAUAAGGGGCCUAAACCAAACAACAUGUCAUAUGAACUGAUAGUUUCUCAUUUUAACAUACUGCUGAGUGCAGCCAGAAAAAGAGGUAUUUGGCGAUGGGGUGUUAGGUUGCUGAAUAAAAUGGAAGAGAAGGGGCUUAAACCAAGCAGUAGGGAAUGGAAUGCCGUCCUUGUUGCCUGUUCCAAGGCUUCAGAAACAUCUGCUGCAGUACAGAUAUUUAGGAGAAUGGUAGAGAAAGGUGAAAAACCGACAGUUAUCUCCUAUGGAGCGUUGCUCAGUGCUCUAGAGAAAGGCAAGCUCUAUGAUGAAGCCCUUCAGGUUUGGAAACAUAUGAUCAAAGUGGGCAUCGAGCCAAAUUUGUAUGCCUAUACUAUUAUGGCAUCAAUUUACACUGCUCAAGGGAAAUUUAACAUAGUUGAUUCUAUCAUCAAGGAGAUGGUUACUACUGGAGUUGAGCCUACAGUUGUUACAUUCAACGCUAUUAUCAGUGGAUGUGCUCGGAACGGUAUGGAAAGUGUUGCAUACGAGUGGUUUCAGCGUAUGAAAACUCAAAACAUAACCCCCAAUGAGGUUAGCUAUGAAAUGCUAAUUGAGGCUCUUGCGAAUGAUGGCAAGCCGAGGCUAGCAUAUGAGUUGUAUGUGAGAGCUCUAUCUGAAGGCCUGAGUCUUUCUACAAAGGCUUAUGAUGCAGUCAUCUCGUCUACACAGGCAUAUGGUGCAAGUAUUGAUCUAAGCAUUCUUGGCCCCCGCCCACCAGAAAAAAAGAAAAGAGUGCAAAUCAGGAAAAGCUUGUCUGAAUUCUGUAAUAUAGCCGAUGUUCCUAGAAGAAGCAGGCCCUUUGACAGGGAAGAAAUUUUUACUGCUCAGACAAAAGGAACAUGAUAAGCACAACUUUAUAUUGUUUGUGUGUGUA